AUGCAGAGGCAAUGCACUGGCAGAGAUACAGCGUCUGCACGGAGCAAGUCAUCGCCUGCGGUGCAUGCUCUGAAGAAGGAUGGCAACACAUUCGUGUACCACAUCAACGGUGGUGGUCGAGUCCUAGCAUCCGUGAGAAAGGAAGCCAGGCGCUUCAUGGUCACUCUGGAGGUCAACACCAAGGAGCUGGAAAUUGACUCAGCAACCCCCCUCCACUUACAUUGGGGUCUUUCCCGAUCAGACAGUGAGGACUGGGUGCUCUUGGAUGCCAAGUCUGCUCCACCCAACACCACCCUGAGUGGCGGCGAGACUGAAGCAAUGCGGACGCCCAUUCUUGAAUCACGGCCUGGCGUGCGAAGGAUCGAGAUUGCACUGGAUGCAAGGAAGGCGCCGGUGGAGCUACACUUCGUCCUGUACCAGCCGCCGACAGAGAAAGUCCCAGAGAAGUGGUUCAGGAGCACCAAGGAGAGCAACUUUUCUGUCCCGGUGGGCCUCGGCCGUGGUUCGCCAGACCCGCUGGGCGCCACCUGGCAGAGCAACGGCUCAGUCAACUUUGCGCUCUACUCGCGGAAUGCGGAAGGGGUCAUCCUCUGCCUGUUCAAGCCGGGGGCGGUGGAGCCCUCCACGGAGCUUGAUCUGAGCCCCGGCCUGCACCGAACGGGCGAUGUCUGGCACGCGCAGCUAGAGAGCGUGGAGGGCUACGACCGCUACGGCUACAGGGUCAGGGGGGCAGUUGGCUGGGCCACAGGCAACCGGUUCCACUCUCGGCCCGUCCUGCUCGACCCGUAUGCCCACUUCAUCGCCCCUCACGUUCCAGGUCAAGAAGACCUGCCCUCCCCUGCUCUGGCCCUCGGACUCCUACAGCCGGAAGAACCGUUCGAUUGGGAGGGCGACUACCCACCACUGGUCCCCAUGGAGGAGCUCAUCGCAUACAAGCUGCACGUGGGCGGGUUCACCCGGGACGCGUCCAGCGGCGUAGCGGAUGCUGCGCGGGGGACCUUCCUGGGGGUCGUCGAGAAGGUGCAGCACCUCGUGGACAUGGGUGUGAACGCCGUGAUCCUCCAACCAAUCGCUGCCUUCGACGAAACGCUGGGCUCCUUCUUCCCCAUCAGCUUCUUUGCUCCUGCUUCGAUCUACGGCCCCGGCGGCAGCGGCGUGGCCGCUUCCCGCUCGCUCAAACUGCUGGUCAAGGAACUGCACCGGGCCGGCAUCGAGGUGCUUUUGGACGUGGUGUACAGUCACACAGCGGAGGGCAACGACGAGGACCCCAAGACCGUGUCCCUACGCGGCAUCGACAAUGCGACAUACUAUCUUGUCGACGAAUUUGGCCAGUUCAAGAUCCCCGAGUUUGGAGUGGGCAACGCCUUCAACUGCAAUCACCCCACGGUCCAGCGCAUGAUCGUGGACAGCAUCCGGCGGUGGGUGGAGGAGUUCCACGUGGACGGCUUCUGCUUCGCCAACGCGGGGGCGCUGGUGACGGGCCCGCACGGGCAGCAGCUCAGCCGGCCGCUGCUCGUGGAGGCGCUCGCGUUCGACCCCGUGCUCGCGGACAUCAAGCUCAUCGCCGACCUGCGCUCGCCCAUCACCGGCGUGCACCAGCCGGUGGACUUCCCCCACUGGAGCCGGUGGGCCGAGUGGAACUCGCGCUACCGGGACGACGUCCGGCGCUUCAUCCGCGGCGAGGGCGGCCAGCUCAGCUCCUUCGCGACCAGGCUCGUCGGCAGUGGUGACAUCUUUGACGACCGACGCGGGCCUGGUUUCAGCUUCAACCACGUCACCAGCCCCUACGGUUACACCCUUGCUGACGUCGUCUCGUACACUGGGUACCCCAACGACUUCCGGUGUCAGAAUGAGUUUGGUUGGAAUGCUGGAGUUGAGGGGCAAGUGGCUGAUCCAGGGGUCACAGACGCCCGCCAACGACAGAUGCGCACGUACCUGGUGGCGCUGUUUCUGUCGCAAGGCGUGCCGGUGCUGACCAUGGGCGACGAGUACGGCCACACCAAGAACGGCAACCUCGACGUGGAGGACAGGAACAGCGUUUUCCACUGGGGCCAAAUGGAAGGACCUCUGGGCAGUCAGCUGAAGGAGCUGAUUGCGCGCCUGGUGGCCUUCCGAGAGGAGCACCCCGAGCUACUGCAGCGCCGGGAGUAUUUGCUGCCGCACGAGCUCGUGUGGCACGGCUACUGGCCCGCACACCCAGAGUGGGACAACCCCUCCAGCGCCUUCUUGGCGGCCAGCCUGCAUCAGUACGUCCCCGUCGAGGAACCGGAACCGGACUCGGAAUAUGAACCGGAACCGGAACUCGAGGCCCCAGAGCGGGCCCCAUUCUCUGUGCCGGGUGUGUCCCUCGAGGCCCCUUCCGGUGCCGGCGAGGACCUUCCGGAGGCGGUGGAUCCGCUGGCGGGCCUGGAGCCGGUGGGCCACGGCGACCUGUACAUAGCAUUCAAUGCGCACGGGGACCAGGUGACGCUGGGCCUCCCCGCGCCGCCACGUGGCGCUGUCUGGCACCGCCUGGCGGACACCAGCAUGCCGGUGCAGAGCUACUUCGUCGGGGAGGGGGAGGCCCUCCACGCGCCGCCCCCCGGGGCGCCGGACGUGGUGCAUCCCCACGGAUCCUACGACCUUGCUCCCUUCAGCGCCCUGUUGCUCGAAGCCAAGUUCCCCAAGGGUGCGGAUGGUGUCCGACGGCCUUCGUACGAAAUGCAAACAAAUAAGGCGGCCCCCUUUGCAGUUAGCCUGUCUGGUUUUUGAUUGUCAAGGUAUUGUAUGAUUGGGAGGAUAUUGUGCCCGGGCAGAUCGUUGGAGGUUCUGUUUUGGCCAAGUUUUGUAGGUGCUGAUGGUGGAAGAAAGCCCCUGUGGGCAAUUUGAGAGCUCCACGAAAAUAUCUGUGUUGUCAACGGACCUGAUGCGGUGCGUGAGACCCUACCGAAACAUUGUCGUUGAGCAUCCUGCGGGCCAACGGCCCGGCGGCCUCAGGCUGACCAUGGCUGCCUUAACAAACAUGCUGCAUUAAACGGCUAGAGAAACCGCGUCGGGAAGCAUGUACGUUGGGACUGUUGACAUGCUGCAAAUGCGGACGUUGUAGUGAAUAGAUCACCUUUUGCAUAACUGGCUCUGAUAAGGCUCUACACUAACAUUGGAUCAUAGUUCCGUAUGCAGAAUUGAAUGGACCCCCAAUGUGAAACGAUUGGACAUCCUACUAUACCAUAUGCAGG